AUGGCUAACCCUGUAACAAAGCAGGCCUUGGGCUGCUUUCUCUUCUUCUCCUUUAUCUUCUCUUCUUUGUCAACCUUCUCUUUUGCUUUGUCAGAUGCUGAAGCAUCCCUCAUUGCGCGCCGCCAGCUCUUGACGCUCCGGGGCAAAGAAGAUCUUCCCCACGACUUCGAUUUUGAGAUCGGCCUUAGCGUGACUUUCGCCAAUGAAAGGCUCCGAAGAGCUUAUAUUGCGCUCCACGCAUUGAAACAUGCUAUCUAUUCUGACCCUUUGAACACCACAGGCAAUUGGGCAGGUGCUAAUGUGUGUGCUUAUAAUGGGAUCUUUUGCGCUCCAGCCCUUGACGAUCCCAAAUUGAGCGUUGUCGCUGGCGUUGAUCUUAACCAUGCUGACAUUGCUGGAUACCUUCCGGCUGAGUUGGGGCUUUUGACCGAUGUUGCACUCUUCCACAUCAACUCUAACAGGUUCUGUGGAAUCAUCCCAAAGACCUUGUCAAAGCUCGAACUUAUGUACGAGUUUGAUGCCAGCAACAACCGCUUCGUUGGUUCCUUCCCAACAGUCGUCCUCACAUGGCAGAGCCUGAAAUACCUCGAUCUGAGGUACAAUGAUUUUGAAGGGGAAUUGCCUCCGAAACUCUUUGAGAAGGAGCUCGAUGCGGUGUUCUUGAACAACAACCGGUUCACGUCCACCAUCCCCGACACAAUAGGCAAAUCCACAGCUUCUGUUGUGACCUUCGCAAACAACAAGUUCUCCGGUUGCAUCCCCCGCACCAUUGGCAACAUGACCAACACCUUGAAUGAGAUCCUUUUCAUUGGCAACAACCUUAGCGGUUGCUUCCCACCAGAACUUGGAUUGCUUGGCAGCGUGACAGUGUUUGAUGCCAGCUCUAACGGGUUCGUUGGGUUCUUGCCCAAGAGCCUUUCAGGGCUACUGAAGGUUGAGGAAUUGGACAUUUCACACAACAAGCUAACUGGAUUUGUGCCUGAGAAUGUUUGCAAGUUGCCUAACUUGUUGAACUUCACCUUCGCUUAUAACUACUUCAAUGGAGAGGCUCAAGCAUGUGUGCCAUCUCCAAGGGCGCACACGGUGUUCAAUGACACAAGCAAUUGUCUACCCGGCAGGCCGAAUCAAAAGUCAACCAGGACAUGCUCCCCUGUGGUGACUCGACCUGUGGAUUGCAGCAAGAACUGUGGUAGCUCCUCUUCAAAUUCUCCACCCAAGACACCGCCUUCAACUCCGAAGCCGCAGCCCCCGCAGCCCCAACCAUCUCCUUCUCCAGCCGUGCCUACUCCAUCACCGUCUCUGUCUACCCCUCCAAACCCAAAGCCAGAGCCCCCGGUGUCAGUGUCUCCAUCACCGGUGGCAACCCCUCCAGUGGUUGAAACCCCAAUUGAAGCCCCGACGCCCACUUCCACCCCUUCAAGUCCUCCUAAACCAUCUCCAGCUCCGCAGCCCCCGCAGCCCCAACCACCUCCUUCUCCGGCCGUGCCCACUCCAUCGCCGUCUCAGUCUACCCCACCAAACCCAAAGCCGGAGCCCCCGGUGUCAGUGUCUCCAUCACCGGUGGCAACCCCUCCGAUGGUUGAAACCCCAAUUGAAGCCCCGACGCCCACUUCCACCCCUUCAAGUCCUCCUAAACCAUCUCCAGCUCCGCAACCGAUUGAGGUUCCUGAGCCAUCUCCAGCACCAGCACCCACACCGGACGACCCAAGUGCAAGAUCACCUGUUGGAAUGGUUCACUCACCUCCACCGCCACAUCACACUCUUCCACCACCACCACCAACAGUUAAGCCACCUGCACCAUCUCCUAAGCCAGUGCAAUCACCUCCGCCACCAGUUCAAUCUCCCCCACCGCCUGUGUACUCACCACCACCACCACCACCACCCGUUCACUCUCCUCCACCGCCAAUCCAUUCGCCGUUGCCGCCACCUGUUUACUCACCACCACCACCCCUACCCCCAGUAUACUCCCCACCACCUCCAGUCCACUCCCCACCGCCACCGGUCCACUCCCCACCGACUCCUGUUCACUCUCCACCGCCACCGGUCCACUCCCCACCACCUCCUGUUCACUCUCCACUGCCACCAGUCCACUCCCCACCGCCACCACCACCACCUUUCCACUCCCCACCACCUCCCGCUCACUCACCACCACCACCACCUGUCCACUCUCCACCACCACCAAUUUACUCUCCCCCACCACCUCCCGCUCACUCACCACCACCACCACCUGUCCAAUCUCCACCACGACCUAUCCACUCUCCACCGCCACCAAUUUACUCUCCCCCACCACCUCCCGCUCACUCACCGCCACCACCACCUGUCCAAUCUCCACCACGACCAAUCCACUCUCCACCGCCACCAAUUUACUCUCCCCCACCACCUGUCCACUCCCCACCACCUCCUGUUCACUCUCCACCGCCACCACCUGUCCAAUCCCCACCACAACCAAUCCACUCUCCACCGCCACCAGUCUACUCUCCUCCGCCACUUAUCCACUCCCCACCACCUCCUGUUCACUCUCCACCACCACCACCUGUCCGAUCCCCACCACGACCAGUCCACUCUCCACCGCCACCACCACCACCAAAUGCUUAUCCUCCUCCUCCUGACAUUGCCCUCCCUCCAACCUUUGGGUUCCAUUACUCGUCGCCUCCUCCACCAAUGUUCCCAGGCUACUGAGUAGCUUAAUACCAUUAACACCUUUGCCUUGUUUUGCAUUCCAUUUAUAGUUUCAGAACGCCACGUACACUCACUUUGUAAGC